CCAAGCAUCAUAUGACUUUUAAAUCCUUUUAAAACUUCAAUUGUUUCUAACAUAAGUUGAAAGGUGAUUGUCAAGUGAGACUGAAGUGCUAUUGAGAAUAAUUCCCAAACCUUUUAAAUUCUAUAUAAGUGGCGGCAGAAACUUGUUUCAUCAACUCGACAGACAGAAGAGAAACAGAAUUGUAGAAGGACUUUCCUCUCCCAAGAAGUAAAUUAAAGUAAAUCAACAUGGAGGACGUAGCAGUGGAAGUUUGCGGUGAAAAUGGGGCUCUUUACAAGGGUUACGUCUUGGACGUAUUCGAUGAUGAGGUUUUAAUACAUUUCGAAGAUGAGUGGCAGCCAGAUUCUAGGUUUCCCUUUGCACAGGUCAGGUUACCGCCAAAGCCUGACCAAAAAACAGAAUUCACUGAGAAUAUGGAGGUAGAGGUAUAUUCGAGAGCCAACAAUCAAGAUGGAUACGGUUGGUGGAAAUGUAGAAUUAAAAUGAUGAAGGGUGAUUUUUACGUAUUAGAAUAUUCCGGCUGGGAGACCACAUACACAGAAAUCGUCAGUGUGGAUCGGUUGAGGCCGAAAAACAACAACCCACCGAUCACGAAGAACAUGUUCUUCAAGUUCGAGAUCGAGGUGCCUGAAGGUUUGAGGGAGUGUCCUUUCAUCCUCAGCGACAAGAUCGAGAACGCACACAAGGAAUUCCAGAAGGCGAUAGGGGCAGCCCUUAUCAGGUACGUGCCGGAGAAGGGGGUGCUCUUGGUGAUAUCCAGGAGCGAGGCCAGCGCGAGGACUGCUUCAUUGCUGCAGGACAUGCACUUUAGGAGUCUAUCGCAGAAGGUGUUCUUACUUAAGCGUACCGAGGAGGCUGUUAGGCAGUUGGAGAGCACCAAGCUGGCUUCCGUUGGAGGGAGGUACAAGCCCUCGCACGUGCGCACCUCUAAUUACGAGGGUACAAGGGCGAACUCCAGAUAUUCCGACGAGUUCAGCGUGAGGGAGGAUCUCAUGGGUCUGGCGAUCGGGGCACACGGCGCCAACAUCCAGCAGGCCAGGAAGAUCGAGGGGGUCACGAACAUAGAGCUAGAAGAAAAUUCCUGUACAUUCAAAAUAUACGGAGAGACUGAACUGGCGGUGAAGAAGGCCAGGUCCAUGUUGGAGUACAGCGAGGAGUCGCUCCAGGUGCCCAGGAACCUGGUCGGCAAGGUGAUAGGGAAGAGCGGUAGGAUCAUCCAGGAGAUAGUCGAUAAGAGCUGCGUCGUUCGGGUGAAGAUUGAGGGGGAGAACGAGCCGCAGCCGACGAUCCCGAGGGAGGAGGGUCAGGUGACUUUCGUGUUUGUGGGUACGGUGGAUAGUAUAACGAACGCCAAGGUCCUGAUACAGUAUCACCUGGCGCAUCUGAGGGAGGUCGAGCAACUCCGGCAGGAGAAACUGGAGAUCGACGAGCAGCUGCGCAGCAUCCACGGCACGAACCUGGGCUCGAUGCAGAGCCUGCCGAUGGGCAGGCGGAACGACCGCGGCUACAACAGCGACAUGGACGGCGGCGGCCGUCCCCGCGGCUCGAUGAGGGGCAGGGGCGGGCGCGGCCGCGGCUCCGGCUACCGCAACCAGCAGCAGCAGCAGCAGAACGACAGAUACAACAACUCCGGUAGUAACUUUGACUAUGUAAAUAACGUCGACAGACACAACAACCACGAAGGAAAUGGCAAGGGAGGCGGCGGCGGGGGGCGGGGCAACGGCGGCGGACACGCCGUCAACGGCCGUCCCCCCAGAGGCAACAACAACAACAACAGAGAGCGCUCCAGUCGCGGCAGGCUGUCCGUCGACUCGGCGGGCGGCGGCGACAGAGAAAAUUCGAGGCAUCAGACCCCGGAGACGGAGGGCGACGAACAUCACGGCACCUACCAGAACAGGUCGAAGAGGGGGGGCGGCACCAUGAGGAGGGACCUGCCCAGACGGGACAGCCGUAGGGACGACAGGCGUCGUACCACGGACGAGGAAGAGACGGUUCUGGACAACCAAGAUGUUUCGUCGAGCGCUGAUAGAGAAUCAGUGUCAAGCGUGGAGGCGUCUUGGGCGUCCGGCAAUCCGAGAAGGAGGAGAAAGAGGUUCGGCAAAUCGCAAAGCGUCCCGCCCCAACAGCGACAAUCGCCGACUAACGAAGAAUCAGUAUCGAGCUGGCAGGCCGGCGACCAGAAACAGUUGAGCGACGCCCGUCCCUCUAACGAAAACACCACCAACAACAGUCAAAACUCCAAAGCCCGUGCGAGCAGACAACGGUCUAGGGGCAACAAACCGAAAGAACCCCUCGUCAACGGCACAGCAGCUUAAUAGGAAACGACCUAGUGCCAAUGUUUUUUAGAUCUUGAAAUGCGCAGAAAUCUCAUACAAACUUGUUGUUAGUGAUAAAAUUAGCAUGUACCAUCAGUUUUUCUCGAUAACUCUGUAUGACGAAAUUAGGUUCCAUGUUGGCUGUUUUAUGUACUCUGCAUAAUAUUCUACUAACUACAUCUACAAAUAAUGAAAAGGGUGGUUUUCUGCCCGUAAAUUGGAUAAUACGAGAGAGACUCUAUUGGUUCCGUGAACCUUACAUCACAGUAAACCGAAGAACUGCCUGUGCUAGUGUAAACACCUCAAGCGGGUAAACUUAUUGUGAAAAACUGAACUGAAUAUUCGUAUAACUUUUUCGUUCAUGUGACUUUUCUAAUGUUUCAUAUAUUAACAUGUUAAACGCACAUAAAACCAUCAAACAAUGAAGGUCUUUCGUUAUCUCUGUGCUUGAACGACAUGUGACCAUUUUUCCUACUUCUCGAACGCCGCGCAAAUUUUUUUUUCAAGUUCUCGAUUCUACCGGCGGCGUUCCCCAAAAAUUCUUUAUAUUUUUUUUUAAUAUGACCUUACUUUCUGGGUGAUUUUCUUAAGUAAAUAUUUUUAAGUAUUUAUUCUUAUUUUAAUUUCUUUUUUGUAGAAAAUGUACAUUUAUUUUUAGAUUUUCAUGUGUUUUACGAUACUUUGCGUUUUGUAAAUAUAUUAGUUUUUGCAUCGACGGCAAAUUGAAUUCAAACAUUCAGUAUUUCUUUGUUACCAGAGUUUUCCUUUCGAGAGAGUUGAGAUUGUGAGUAGUUUUUUAAAUGUACGAUACGUAAAUUUUCUACGUAGGUGUUAUGGCUUUGUGUUUUAUUUGUUCAAUAUUAUGGAAGCUGUUGCGAUGGGUUCAAUUUGCCGUUUAGGUAUACAACGCGAAAUGGAAUAUUUUGUUGAUCCAUUUCGGUACCCUGUCAGCUAUGUAAUAACAAUUUGCAACAAAUAAAAUGCUCGGAAACGUU